AUGGCUUUCUUCGCGAGUGUUUCAGUUACACUUCUUGUCUUGACCGCUACCUUUUUUCUCAUACCCACUGCAUUCGCUUAUGGUCUAAAGGCGGUGCUCUGCAGCGUGGGCUGGUCUCUCAGAAAUAAGACUAAUGCACGAAGAGAAUUGAUUCUUUCGCAAGUCCGUGCUGAGGAAGAGCAGCACCAAUCCAAGCACUCUGCAUCAUUGGCAUCGGCGUCGGCAUCAAGCCCAGAAGAUGAUGAUUGGGAAAAAGUAGAUAGCACUGUGCCCGGUGUAGCCGGGAAUGGAAAACCACUAGGCGAGGACUGGGAAGGCAUAAUCGGGUUCUUCCAUCCGUUCUGCCCGUUGUCUCACAAAACUCGCAGCAACGCCGGUGGUGGUGGUGAGCGUGUCCUCUGGGCCGCAGUCAAAGCUACACAGGAACGAUGGCCAAAGGCUGUAUGCGCCAUCUAUACGGGUGACCAUGAAGUCACCAAAGCAGCUAUGCUUGAAAGGGUCGAGACACGGUUCAACAUCAAGCUUCAUGCUCCAACUGUUGUGCUAUUAUAUCUUUCUACACGGAAAUACAUUCUAAGUAGCAUGUAUCCACACUUCACGCUCCUAGGUCAGUCAUUGGGUUCUCUGAUUGUGGCAUUCGAUGCCUUCAACCUUCUUGUUCCCGACAUUUAUAUCGACACCAUGGGCUACGCAUUUACAAUCGCACUGUCCAAAUUUCUCUUUCCAUCAGUACCCACAGGAGCCUAUGUUCACUAUCCCACAAUCUCCACGGACAUGCUGAGCUCCCUCGAUGACAGCACGGGCAUCAAGGGUCUCAACUCUGGUGCCGGAGCAGGCUGGAAAGGUGUAGCCAAAAAGAAAUAUUGGCAUAUAUUUGCUAGCAUCUACGGCUGGGUUGGAAGCAAAGUAGACGUGGUCAUGACCAAUUCAUCGUGGACAUCGGCGCAUAUCAACUCCCUCUGGGGACCAUCGCGGAAAAGACUCGAACACAAAAAUGCAACGGUAGUUUUCCCGCCAACGGCAGUCUCCGAAUUACACUCCUCAAUAGACGUGAGCAGUUCCAGCGAGUCCACUCGAGAACCAAGUAUCGUGUACAUUGCACAAUUCCGGCCUGAGAAGAAUCACUCGUUGAUACUCCGGGCUUUUGCUCGAUUUGUCAACGAGACCCGCAACAACAACAACAACAACGACAAAAUCACAGCUUCAGGAUCCACGCCCAAGCUCAUCCUAAUCGGGUCAGUGCGACACUCAAGUCCCGAUGAAACGCAUAUUUACCACCUACGCCUCCUCGCACACGAGCUCCAUAUCCGCGACCAAACUACAUUCCUCUGUGACGCCAGCUGGCCCACGAUUCUGUCCCAUCUCCGCACCUCCUCCAUUGGCACCAAUGCCAUGUGGAGCGAACACUUUGGCAUUGGCGUCGUCGAAUACCAAGCCGCCGGCCUAAUCAGCGUUGUACACGACUCCGGCGGCCCGCGCGAGGACAUCGUUAUCGAUCUAGGCGACGGCGCCACGGGAUUCCGUGCCUCGACCGAGGAGGAAUUCGCAGCGGCUUUUGAGGCUGCGUUGGCUCUCCCCGAGCAAGAGAGGGUAGCCAUGCGUUUGCGCGCUCGCAAAUCUGCGUUGCGUUUUACAGAAGAGGAAUUUGCCCGGAAAUGGAUUGAGGAGGUUGCAAAAUUGGUCUCGCAGUGUCGGAAGAAAUAG